GUUACUUAACAAUUAUUAAAGUUUCAAUAUAAAAAUUUUAAAUCUUUACACAUAAUGUAUGAUUGAAGAGGAAUUGUGGACCUGAUGGUGGAACAUAUAUUAACGAAUACGUGCUGUAGGUGCAAGUAAGUUUCAAUGCAAACAUGAUAGCUUUCAAGUUUACUAACGGAUCGUGGAGAAGCAUUUUCCAAAACAGAUUACUAAGAAAUAGCAUAUGUAUCAAUACAAUCGCCAGACCAAUGUCCACAGUGGAUCAAAAGGAAAUCGAACAAUUUACUUUUUUUAAGAACUUGUGGUGGGAUGAGAAUGGUCCAAUGAAACCCCUUCAUUUAUACAAUUCAUUCAGAAUACAGUUUUUGAAAAAUGGAUUGAUAAACGCUGGAUUCAAAAUACAAAAUCCAGACUUUCCAUUAGAAAAAAUAAAAAUUGUGGAUGUUGGCUGUGGUGGAGGUAUAUUGGCUGAGAGUUUAGCUAGAGCGGGAGCGCGAGUAACCGGAAUAGACGCAUCGGAACAAUUAAUAAAAGUUGCUAAAGAUCAUGUAAAAUUGAAUCGCAAUAUAUCAGAAAAAGUGAAUUACAUUCACACAACCAUAGAAGAUUUUGCUAAGGAGAACGAAAACAGCACAUAUGAUGCUGUUAUAUCUUCUGAAGUUUUGGAGCAUGUAUCAGACCCACAACUAUUUUUGAAGGAAUGUGUGAAAAUUGUGAAACCCGGAAAGUCGAUUUUUCUAACGACGAUAAAUAGAACUUUAACAUCUUGGUUGUCUACUAUUAUAGCAACCGAAUACAUUUUCAGAAUUAUACCUUGUGGUACUCAUACGUGGAAUAAAUUUAUUACUCCACAUGAAGUUCAAUGUAUAUUAAAGAAUUAUGGUUGUGAAACAAGAUCGAUUCGUGGUGCGAAAUUGAAUCUAAUAACACGUAAAUGGUCUUGGUCAUCAAGUCUAUCUACUUUUUAUUUACUACAUGCAAUCAAACAAAAAGAGACUGGCGUUUAAAUAGUCUU